GGGGGUGGCCCUGGGACUCCUUACACAGUUAUUGGGCUCUUGGAAACGUCCAGUGGCUUAAUUCACCAAACAAUUGGAUCAGGUUGCUAAGGGGUGGCCGGCAUGCUUACAGGCAGUUGCAGCUACAGCUCUGGUGUUAGAGGAAGCAGAAAAACUAACUUGGGGGGGGGGGGCUGUUCAAGUAUACACUCCACAUAUGGUCCAAGCCUUACUGGACACAAAGGGGGGUCUCUGGCUCACCCAAGCUCGGGUAGCCCAGUAUCAGGCUAAGCUCUUAGAAAACCCCAAAGUUACCCUGCAGGCUUGCCCCUCCCUUAACCCAGCCACCUUGCUGCCAGAAACAGAGGGCCAAGAACAUGACUGCUUGGAAGUUAUAGAUGCCCAGUAUUCCAGCCAUCAGGAUUUGGAAGAUCAACCUCUCCUUAACGCAGACUAUGAGUGGUACACGGAUGGCAGUAGCACUGUUGUAAAUGGACUUAGAAGGGCGGGCUAUGCUGUUGUGUCUCUCCAUGAAACUGUGGAGGCAAAAAGCCUGCCCCCUGGAACCUCAGCCCAACUAGCCGAAAUAGUGGCUUUAACCCUUGCACUUGAAUUGUCAAAAGGAAAAAGAGUUAAUAUCUUCACGGACUGUAAAUAUGCUUUUGGUGUGCUACAUGCCCACGCAGGUCUGUGGAAACAAAGGGGAUUACUGAUGGCUCAGGGCUCCCCGGUCAAGCACAGGUACAUUAAGGACUCCCAGCCACUCCCUUUGGAUGCACCUAUCCAUUCCCUACAGCCUGGUGACUUCGUCCUCGUCUGGACCUGGAAGGACGAACCUCUCCAGGAGAAGUGGAAAGAACCCUAUCUCGUUUUACUGGUGUCCCACACGGCAGCUAAAGUAGAGGGACACAAAAGCUGGAUUCACUACUCCCGACUAAAAGCUGUACCUCUACCGCAGAAUCCAGACCCCGAGCAGUGGACGGUUCAGCCUACUGGGACCGGAGCAUCGGAAGAUUUGGGACUCAAGUUAUUAUUUAAAUGCAAAUAA